UCGAAUGAUUGUUUUUCUAUCCGAUAGAGGAGAUUCCAACUUAUGACAUGAACGGAACACUUUAUAAAAGUUCGUCGGCUAUAGUUGUUAUAAUUAAUUUACUGCAAAAAAUAUAUUCAAAUUCAUGUCUCAUGAAUUGUGAAAUGAAUACGAAAGCGAUAAACGAUACGUGCUUUGACGUGAUCAAACGUAUCACAUGGCCUCUUUUUAUAACUCACUGAAUAAAAAGAGCGUAGCUAAGAAAUAUUUUUUAAACGUCAGAUAAAUCAAAUCAAAUUAAAUUAAAAUAAUAUUAUACAUCAGUACUGUAUAAAGUUGCACAUCCACAAAGUUGCCAACUCAGAAAAAUCCAAUGGAUUUUCAUCCUCCGGAUAGGAGUCAUAGUGGGCAACAAAAUACAAUAACAUCGAACAGACUACAAGGGCGACAGUCAAUACAUGUUGUAAAUGAUGUUAAAUUAUGUGAUAUACAACAAAAUAAAUCUGGAAUUUUCAUUCUCUUUACACAAGGUGCUAAAAGUUUCAAUGAACUCUUAACAAAAUUUGUACCAACACAAAUACAACAACAUCCACAAAUGGAAAUGUGUGUGCCAAGAUAAGUACAAAAAGUUAUGGACACAAAUAAAGAAGCAUUCGUUAAAAAUAUGGAUCGUGAGAUUCCAGAACAAGAAAUCGAACAUGCAUUAACCCUUUGGUUACUGACAUAAGAGAGAAAAAAACGAUUUUUCAGAAAAGACAUUAUAAAUAUUUAUUUCUGACCCAAUUUCACAGAAUUGUACGAAAUUAACCAUAGAUCUUCUGUAAACUAUGAGAAUCUUUGAAACAAUCGUUAAUGCACAGCCCAACAUUGCAUUCGGUACACUGGUAGCGAUAGUCGGACUAAACAUUGGUUUCUUUGGCCGAAAGUUUCCUGUUCUCCAAGAUCCACCGUAAGGUUGAGGAGAUGCUGGUUGCGAAGAAUCUUCAUCAGAACCAUCGUCAGAGCCACUGCAGUAGUCGGUUCAAUCUAUUUCAGUUUCAGAUCCUGAAUCAGAGUUUGCUAGAAUUUCAGCGACUUCCUGAUCCGAAAGUCGACGUCUUGACGUUGCCAUUUUCACAAAACAAAUGAUGAUGUAGAAGGCUCGUGCUGCCUGACGUUACGCAAGAAAUGUAUCUAAAGAACAUGCAUUAUGAGUGAUUGCGUUAGCUUCACGCAAUGAUAAAGCUCAUGACUCAUAUAUGCGUCGUCGAUAACCAAAGGGUUAAAAUCAAAACGUUUUAAAUUUGAUAAAAUAACACGAUUGCCAAAUAAAAAUAAAAAUGGACCAGAAAUACCAGUCAAAAUACAAUUUACAGAUACAAACAAUACAGAUUUACUUAUCAAAACUGGAUUACAGUUCGAUGAUAUACAUUUUCCUGAUGAAUGUGCACAAAUUAAUACUCAACCACAACAAUGCCAUAUCUGUCUCGAUAUUGGUCACAUUGCCAAAUACUGUACGAAACAACAGAAAAUAUGCUCUAAAUGUUCAGGACAAGAUAAAGUAUUGGGUUGCGAUAAAACCUAUGACGAAAUUAAACAUCAUAACUGUGAAAGUCCACAUUUAGCCACAUCAGAUCAAUAUGUAAAAUAUACGACAACAAAAAAUUAA